AUGGCUUUAUCUAGAACUCCACCGCUAUUUCAACAAGGUGGUAAUGAUUUACAUGAAACUUGUACUAUAUGUACAGAAACAUUGAAUGAUAUAAAUGAUUGCCUCUUUCUUUCACACUGUGAACAUUCUUUUCACCGUGAUUGCAUUGAAAAACAUUUAUCAAAUUCUACUACUUGUCCCACAUGCAAACGUACAUGUGAAUUGUCCGACCUGCGCUCAAUAAAUAGUCAGGGUCAAAUGCUACAAGAAAAUCAGAGUGAGGUUGCUAAUCAGACAGCUCAAAACGUUCAUGGUCAAAAACCUAAAUCUAAGUAUAAUAGUCGCAGAGGUCGUGGUGCCCUUUCAAAACAUUACAACACUCGAAGUAGACAAUUAUAUCAAGAUACAAAUCUGUCAUUAGCAUUAGAUAAUUUAGACAAUAUGUCUGCCACAGGUGAAGAAGUUUCUACACCCAGAGCAUAG